CGCGGCUGGGAGCCGAGCAGCUGUUGCGGGAGUAGGUGCGUGGUCAAGGGUCCUCGCCCUGCCGGGCGGGCGCAGGAGCGCGCGUGAUUAGCCCUCGAACCGGGCGGGAUGGCAGCCCAGAUGGCAGCGAGAGAAAUCCAAGGUUUCCGGGAAGUCCCGACCCUUCUCCUAAGCCCAGUGGCCAGCCUGGAGGCGGCAGGCGAGAUGGAGCUGGAGGACGAGGACGAGGAGGCGGCGGCCGCCCAGAGAGCACGGAGCUUCGCCCGGGACCCACGGGUGCGCUUCUUGGGGGGCCGCCUGCAGCUGCUGCUGGGACUCCCGGAGGAGAAAUGGAGCCUGUAUUUGGAGUCCGAGGACAACAGGCAGGUUCUGGGGGAGUUUCUGGAGAGCCCCAUUCCCGCUUGCCUGCUGUUCAGCACCGCCGCUGCGAAGUACCUGGAAGCCUACGGGGAGAUUCCAAGAGAUGCAAAACAUAAACUUGUUUAUAGUGCCAAGAGGAUGACUGAAAGCACUGGAAUAAAUGAUUUCUUCCAAGCAUUUGUAUUUGGAGAGUUACCUGUGUCAACUCUUGGACAUGUAACUACUUUUCUAGAGGAGAUCUUAGUGCCAAUUCUUUCUAAUAAGAACAACCAUAAGACUUGGUCCUGUUUUAUCUCACAAGACAUGGAACGUCACCUAGAAGUUAUGAGAAAUAAAAUACAUAUACUUAGGGGCAAAAUGUUGAGAAGAACUCUACUUCCAAUUCCCUCUAUUGCAGGAAAAAUUGACCUGGAUGGGCAGUAUUCAGAGCUCAAGUUAGAGCCAAAUGAAAGAAUAAUAUUCCAUGCAAUUGAAUCAGUUGUAAUUAAGUGGUCACAUCAAAUCCAAGAAAUUGUAGAAAAAGAUUCAGUCCAACCUUUGCUAAGUGAGAUUUGCUCAAACCCUCAAACUGAACUGGAUUUCUGGACAAUGAGAAGAGAGAAUCUGUCCUGCAUUUAUGAUCAACUUCAAGCUCCUAUUGUCCUCAAAAUGGUUUAUAUACUAAAAAAUAAACAAAGCAGCUAUUUUCCAACUUUGAAGGACAUUUUCACGACUGUGAAAAAUGCUCUCCUUGAGGCUCAAGAUGUGGAGCUUUACCUGACACCAUUGAGGCGACACAUUCAAUGUCUCCAAGAGACAGAAUUCCCACACACUGGCAUUUUAAUCACCCCAUUAUUCCAUACCAUCUGUCUGAUCUGGAGCCACUCCAAGUUUUAUAAUACUCCUGCUCGAAUUAUAGUUCUAUUGCAAGAGUUUUGUAAUCUCUUCAUUGACCAGGCAAUAACAUACCUCUCUCCAGAAGACCUUUUGAGAGGAGAAACUGAAGACUCUCUGGACAAAGUGCAGGUGGUCAUUAAGAUCUUAAAGACUUUCAGAUAUUCUUUUUUCAACUAUAGAAAGAAAUUGGCCAGUUGUUUCAUAGGAAAUAAGAAGCUGAAACCUUGGGAUUUCCAGUCACACCUAGUAUUUUCCAGAUUUGACAGGUUUCUUGACCGUUUCAUGAAAAUCAAGGAUAUAUUUGUCACCACCCUGGAAUAUGAAAAGCUGGAAAGACUUGAAUUUGGUGGUUCCAGAGGAGCAAUUUUUAAUGCGCAAAUCAAAGAGAUGAGUGAAGAAUUUGCGGAUCUCUGUAAAGUUUUCAAACAGAGCACUUAUGACCCUGCUGACUACAAUAACAUGGAAUUUGAAAAUGAUUAUGUUAUGUUUAAGUCCAAAACAUUGGAUUUUGACAAGAGGCUUGGGACAGUGCUUUGUGAAGGUUUCUCUAACUGCAAUGGUUUGGAAGCUGCAUUUAAGCUUUUGACCAUAUUUGGGAAUUUUUUAGAAAAACCAGUUAUCAUGGAAAUUUUCAGCCCACAUUACAGCACUCUAGUGAACAUGUUUAAUGCAGAGUUGGACGUGUGUAAGCAAUUGUAUAAUGGACACAUGGAACAGAUUGAACAUGGGAAUGUAGUUCUUAACAAGAAUAUGCCCUUUACGUCAGGGAAUAUCAAAUGGGCUAAAGAAGUCUUUGAACGACUUCAAAUGUCUUGGUCAAAUUUUGCUUCUCUGCGUUAUCUAUUCUUGGAAAGUCCUGAUGAUGCCUUCAUUCAUCAGAAGUAUGUUGAAAUGACAACUUUGCUAGACCAAUUUGAAAAUCAGAUCUAUAAUGAAUGGAAAAGCAAUGUGGGUGAAAUCUGUGGAUUCAAUUUGAAUCAACCUUUGAUUAAAUUCAGUGCCAUAAAUGGUUUUCUCAGUGUCAACUUUGACCCAAAGCUAGUGGCUGUAUUAAGAGAAGUAAAGUACCUUUUGAUGUUGAAGAAAUCAGAUAUACCAGAUUCAGCAUUAAUCAUAUUUGAAAAAAGAAACACUAUUUUAAAGUACAUUGGAAAUCUCGAACUUCUUGUGCGAGGCUAUAACAAGCUGAAGCAGACUCUUCUGGGAGUUGAAUACCCGCUGAUUGAAGAUGAGCUGGGGGCUAUUGAUGAGCAGCUACAAGCAGCAGCGACAUCACUCACAUGGCAGCACGACUGCUGGGGUUACAUCGAGAGUGUGAAAGUGACCACCUCUGAGCUGGGGCACAGGGUUGAGCAUACUCAGAGCAACAUUCAGACGAUCCAGCGCAUGAUGAGGGCUUGGGCUGAGUGUCCGUUCCUGCCCAGGAGAGAGCACAGAAGGGAGGCUAUCUUUACUUUGGAGGACAGGACUGAUUUGUUUGCUAAAAAAUACAAGCUAAUCCAAGAAGAUGGCUGCAGGAUACACAGCUUGGUAGAGGAAAAUAAGAAACUCUUGAAAGCCAAUCCUUCUCUGGACACCUGGAAGAUUUAUGUGGAAUUUGUUGAUGACAUCGUUGUUGAAGGUUUCUUUCAAGCUAUACUGCAUGACUUAGACUUCUUUCUGAUGAAUACAGAGAAACAAUUGAAGCCUGCACCAUUUUUUCAAGCACAGAUGAUCUUAAUGCCCCCUGAGAUUCUAUUUAAACCUUCUUUAGACCGAGAGGCUGGGGAUGGCUUCUAUGAUCUAGUAGAAGGAAUGCUUUGUAAUAGUUUUAGAAUGUCUGCUCAGAUGAAACGAGUAGCAGCACACCUAGAAAUAGAGAAUUAUCAGAGUGACAUGGAUAACAUGUUAGGCUUAGUGGAGGCCAGGCAAGAAAUAAUGAAAAGAGUUAUGGAUGUGAUCAACAAAGUCUUAGACUUCAGAAAUACCUUGGACACAUAUGCUUACCUCUGGGUGGAUGACCGAACUGAGUUUAUGAAACAUUUUCUCCUGUAUGGUCAAACUACAUCAUCAGAGGAAAUGGAUACUCAUACAAAUGAAGACAUACCUGAACAACCACCAACUCUUGAGCAAUUCAAAGAACAGAUUGACAUUUAUGAAGCUUUAUAUGUUCAGAUGAGCAAGUUUGAUGACUUCAAAGUGUUUGAUAGUUGGUUCAAGGUGGACAUGAAACCAUUCAAAGUGAACCUGCUAAACAUUAUUAAGAAAUGGAGCUGGAUGUUUCAGGAGCAUCUUUUGAGAUUUGUUGUUGACAGCCUGAAUGAGCUACAAGAAUUUAUAAAGGAUACAGAUGCUGGACUUCAGACAGAAUUAAGUAAAGGUGAUCAUGAUGGUUUAGUUGACAUCAUGGGACAUCUUCUGGCUAUAAGAAGCCGGCAGAGAGCUACUGAUGAACUCUUUGAACCACUAAAAGAAACUAUUAUGCUUUUGGAAACCUAUGGCCUGAAGAUGCCUGAGCAAGUCUACAUUCAAUUAGAGGAAUUACCUGAAAGAUGGGAAACUACCAAAAAAAUUGCAGCAACUGUCAGACAUGAAGUGUCACCUCUGCAGAAUGCUGAAGUCACUCAUAUAAGGAACAAAUGUAUUUUAUUUGAUGAAAAACAGGCUGAAUUCAGAGAGAGGUUCAGACUCUGUGCUCCUCUUGGUCUUAAUGCAGAAAAUCCAUACGCAGUACUUGAUAAGGCAAAUCAGGAACUUGAGGAGUUAGAAGAUGAAAUGUUGCAGAUGCAAGAAUCUACUCACCUUUUUGAAGUGGCUCUUCCAGAGUACAAACAGAUGAAGCAGUGUCGUAAAGAAAUAAAACUUCUCAAGGGACUCUGGGAUGUCAUUAUCUAUAUUAGAAGAAGCAUUGAUAAUUGGACCAAAACCCAGUGGAGACAGAUUAAUGUGGAACAGAUGGAUGUAGAACUCAGAAGGUUUGCCAAGGCAAGUUCCAUAACUGAAAUCUGGUCACUAGACAAGGAAGUCCGUGUCUGGGAUGCUUAUGUUGGCCUGGAAAGCACAGUGAAAGACAUGACGACAUCUCUGAGAGCCGUCACAGAGCUACAGAAUCCUGCCCUCAGAGACAGACAUUGGCACCAACUGAUGAAGGCCACUGGGGUCAGGUUUUCAAUAAAUGAAACCACCACCUUGGCAGAUUUGUUAGCUUUGCAGUUACACCAAGUGGAAGAUGAUGUCUUAAGUAUUGUGGACAAAGCAGUGAAGGAACUGGGGACUGAAAAGGUUAUUACUGAAAUCAGUCAGAUGUGGGCAGCCAUGGAGUUCUCCUAUGAAAUUCACUAUCGAACAAACAUUCCAUUACUAAAGUCUGAUGAACAACUUUUUGAAAUUCUAGAGCACAACCAAGUUCAGUUACAGACUCUUCUUCAAAGCAAGUAUGUGGAAUAUUUCAUUGAGCAAGUCUUAAGUUGGCAAAAUAAAUUAAACAUUACUGACUCAGUGAUAUUUACUUGGAUGGAAGUCCAGCGGACUUGGUCUCACCUGGAAAGCAUCUUCGCUUGUUCAGAAGAUAUUCGAAUACAGCUUGUGAAAGAUGCUAGAAGAUUUGAUGGAGUAGAUGCUGAAUUUAAGGAACUAAUGUUCAAGACAGCUAAAAUUAAAAAUGUUUUAGAAUCAACGUGCAGACCCAAUCUAUAUGAAAAACUUAAAGAUUUACAGUACAGGCUUUCUCUUUGUGAAAAAGCUCUCACAGAAUACCUGGAAACCAAGCGUGUGGCUUUUCCACGUUUCUAUUUCAUAUCUUCAGCAGAUUUACUUGACAUACUGUCAAUGGGAACUCAGCCUAAACAGGUAACACGUCACCUUGCCAAACUCUUCGACAGUCUUGCAGACCUUCAGUUUCAGUGUGAACAGAAGAUUACAACACACACAGCAAUUGGGAUGUACAGCAAAGAAAAGGAAUAUGUCCCAUUCCAGACUGAGUGUGACUGCACAGGCCAUGUUGAAAUGUGGCUUCUACAACUUGAGUGGACCAUGCAGGAAACAGUACGGCGUUCUAUCACAGAGGCCAUAGCAGCCUAUGAAGAGAAACCAAGGGAACUAUGGAUUUUUGAUUUCCCAGCUCAAGUUGCACUAACUAGCUCACAAAUCUGGUGGACUACAGAUGUAGGAAUAGCUUUCAGUAGACUGGAGGAAGGCUAUGAAACAGCUUUAAAGGAUUUCCAUAAAAAACAGAUUUCUCAAUUGAAUAUACUGAUUACACUUUUGCUGGGGGAACUUCUACCUGGAGACAGGCAAAAGAUCAUGACAAUCUGUACUAUAGAUGUCCAUGCCAGGGAUGUGGUGGCCAAACUUAUUUCUCAGAAGGUUGUUAGUCCCCAGGCUUUCGUUUGGCUGUCUCAACUUCGUCACCAGUGGGAGGACACCCAGAAACACUGCUUUGUUAAUAUUUGUGAUGCCCACUUUCAGUACUUCUACGAAUACCUAGGAAACAGCCCUCGACUAGUGAUCACUCCCCUGACAGACAGGUGCUACAUUACUUUAACUCAAUCACUUCAUCUAACCAUGAGUGGGGCUCCAGCUGGCCCAGCUGGUACAGGGAAAACAGAAACCACCAAAGAUCUUGGACGUGCCCUUGGCAUGAUGGUCUAUGUGUUCAACUGUUCAGAGCAAAUGGACUACAAAUCUAUAGGAAAUAUCUAUAAAGGGUUGGUGCAAACAGGAGCUUGGGGCUGCUUUGAUGAGUUCAAUCGCAUUUCUGUUGAAGUUCUGUCAGUGGUGGCAGUACAAGUGAAAAUGAUACAAGAUGCCAUCAGAAACAGGAAAAUGAGAUUUGUAUUUCUUGGCGAAGCUAUCAUGCUGAAGCCAUCAGUUGGAAUAUUUAUUACUAUGAACCCAGGGUAUGCUGGUCGAACUGAAUUACCAGAAAAUCUCAAAGCUCUCUUCAGACCUUGUGCCAUGGUGGCCCCUGACAUUGAGCUAAUCUGUGAAAUCAUGUUAGUUGCUGAAGGCUUUGUGGAUGCUCGCUCAUUAGCCCGAAAGUUCAUUACAUUGUACACACUCUGCAGGGAGCUCCUUUCCAGGCAGGAUCAUUAUGAUUGGGGACUUCGUGCUAUAAAAUCUGUCUUAGUUGUUGCUGGCUCCUUAAAACGAAGUGAUAAAAGUCGACCUGAAGAUCAGGUACUAAUGAGAGCCUUAAGGGACUUCAAUAUGCCUAAAAUAGUCACAGAUGACAUCCCUGUGUUUUUGGGCCUGAUUAGUGACCUCUUUCCAGCCCUGGAUGUGCCCCGGAGGAGGACUCCUCACUUUGAACAGAUGGUCCGGCAGUCCACCCUGGAGCUCCACCUGCAGCCUGAGGAGAGCUUCAUCCUCAAAGUUGUCCAGCUUGAGGAACUAUUGGCUGUGCGUCAUUCUGUCUUUGUGGUGGGAAACGCAGGCACGGGAAAGAGUAAGAUCUUGAAAACACUGAACCAAACAUACAUUAACAUGAAACAGAAACCCACUUGGAAUGACUUAAACCCAAAGGCUGUGACAACAGAUGAACUCUUUGGUUUCAUUCAUCAUGCUACCCGAGAAUGGAAAGAUGGCAAGUAGUAUUUUCCUGUUUGAAAAUUAUUUUAUUUUUGAUGUAUAGGUCUCUUUUCAACUAUUCUGCGAGAACAAGCAAACCUUAUACAUGAAGGGCCAAAAUGGAUAGUCCUGGAUGGAGACAUUGAUCCCAUGUGGAUUGAAUCACUAAAUACUGUCAUGGAUGAUAACAAGGUGUUGACCUUGGCCAGCAAUGAGCGUAUAGCCCUUACUCCCUCCAUGCGACUGCUCUUUGAGAUUCACCACUUAAGGACAGCCACCCCAGCAACUGUUUCCAGAGCUGGAAUUCUCUAUGUGAAUCCUCAAGAUUUGGGCUGGAAUCCGUAUGUGGCCAGUUGGAUAGACAGAAGGCAGCAUCAAUCAGAAAAGGCCAAUUUGACUAUUCUUUUUGAUAAAUAUGUCCCUGCAUGCUUGGAGAAGCUGAGAAUGAGCUUUAAAACCAUCACUUCAGUUCCAGAGAACAGCCUGGUUCAGACUAUUUGUGUUCUUCUGGAAUGUUUGUUAACUCCUGAAAAUGUACCUUCUGACAGUCCAAAAGAAGUCUAUGAAGUCUAUUUUGUCUUUGCUUGUAUCUGGGCAUUUGGAGGCAUUCUGCUACAAGAUCAGCUUUCUGUUUACCAAAAUGAAUUUAGCCGGUGGUGGAAUAAAGAGAUGAAAGCAGUGAAGUUUCCAUCCCAGGGAACAAUCUUUGAUUAUUAUCUAGACCACAAAACUAAGAAAUUCUUGCCUUGGGCUGAAAAAAUUCCAAAAUUUACUAUGGAUCCAGACAUAUUUCUCCAGAGAGUUAUGGUUCCCACUUCAGAGACAACACGUCUUAGAUAUUUCAUAGAGUUGUUGCUUGAGAAAGGACAGCCACUGAUGCUGGUAGGACAUGCUGGGGUAGGGAAAACAGUCUUUGUAGGUGACACACUGGCAAGUCUUUCUGAGGAUUAUGUAGUGUCCCGUGUGCCUUUCAACUACUACACAACAUCUGCAGCUCUGCAAAGAAUUCUUGAGAAACCUUUAGAGAAAAAAGCUGGCCGUAACUAUGGCCCAGGAGGAAAUAAAAAAAUGGUGUAUUUUAUUGAUGACAUGAAUAUGCCCGCGGUGGACUUAUAUGGCACUGUCCAGCCCCACACUCUGAUUCGACAGCAUAUUGAUUAUGGACACUGGUAUGAUCGACAGAAAGUGAUGUUGAAAGAAAUCCACAACUGCCAGUAUGUUGCCUGCAUGAAUCCAAUGGUGGGCAGUUUUACAAUCAAUCCUAGGCUACAGAGACAUUUCACAGUGUUUGCAUUUAACUUUCCAUCCUUGGAUGCGCUAAGCACAAUUUAUAGCCAAAUUCUUAGUUUUCACUUCCAGCAGCAAGCCUUUGCCCCAGCAGUUCUCAGGAGCGGCCCUUCUUUGAUUCAGGCAACAAUCCUAUUUCAUCAGAUAAUGACAUACAACUUUUUACCAACAGCUAUUAAAUUCCACUACCUCUUCAAUCUGAGAGACCUAUCAAACAUCUUCCAGGGGAUUUUGUUUGCGUCUCCUGAAUGUUUACAGGUUCCAAACGAUUUAAUACGUCUGUGGUUGCACGAAUCAUCUCGUGUUUAUGGAGACAAACUGGUAGACAAAAAGGACUGUGAUUUGUUUCAGAGAAAAUUGCUAGAAACUGCUAAUAAAUGUUUUGAAGGUGUAGAUAGUAAUGUGCUACUUCAAGAGCCUCUCAUUUAUUGCCAUUUUGCUAAUGGAGAGGAAGACCCUUGUUACAUGCCAGUGAAGGACUGGGAGGUGCUGAAGACCACUCUUACAGAAAUGUUGGAUAGCUACAAUGAACUAAAUGCUGCCAUGCACCUCGUUUUAUUUGAAGAUGCCAUGCAACACGUGUGUCGCAUCAGCCGAAUCCUCCGAACCCCACAGGGCUGUGCUCUGUUGAUUGGCGUGGGCGGCAGUGGGAAGCAGAGCUUGUCUAGGCUGGCCGCUUACAUUUGCAGCCUUGAAGUCUUUCAGAUCACUCUGACUGAAUGCUUUGGAAUCCAAGAACUGCGAGUAGACCUUGCCAAUUUGUACAUCAGAAUCGGAGCCAGGAACAUGCCCACCGUUUUCCUGCUGACAGAUGCCCAGGUUCUAGAUGAGAGCUUUCUUGUGCUGAUUAAUGACUUGCUGGCAUCAGGAGAAAUCCCUGAUCUGUUCAGUGAUGAAGACAUGGACAAGAUAAUUUCUGGACUUCGAAAUGAAGUUCGUAGUCUGGGCAUGGUAGACUCCAGAGAAAACUGCUGGAAAUUCUUUUUGGCCAGGGUGCGACUACAGCUCAAAAUCAUUUUGUGCUUCUCUCCAGUUGGUCACACGCUGAGAGUUAGAGCUCGGAAGUUCCCAGCCAUAGUUAACUGCACGGCUAUUGACUGGUUUCAUGCCUGGCCACAGGAGGCUCUGGUCUCUGUCAGCAGGAGGUUCAUUGAGGAAACCAAAGGAAUUGAGCCACUGGACAAAGAUUCAGUUAGCCUUUUCAUGGCACAUGUUCAUACCAGCGUAAAUGAAAUGAGUACCAGGUAUUACCAGAAUGAAAGGAGGUACAACUAUACCACCCCAAAGAGUUUUCUUGGACAAAUAUCUCUGUUUAAGGACCUGUUGAAGAAGAGACAAAAAGAAGUAUCCCAGAAAAAAGAGCACUUGGUGAAUGGCAUCCAAAAGCUAAAAUCUACAGCUUCGCAGGUGGGUGAUCUAAAGGCCAGGCUUGCCUCUCAAGAAGCUGAGCUGCAGCUGAGAAAUCAGGAUGCCGAAGCUCUGAUCACAAAGAUCGGGCUUCAGACAGAGAAAGUGAGCCUGGAAAAGGCCAUCGCUGAUGCCGAGGAGCGAAAGGUGACAGCCAUUCAGACUGAAGUGUUCCAGAAACAGAGAGAGUGUGAGUCGGACUUACUCAAGGCUGAGCCUGCACUGGUGGCUGCAACAGCUGCACUCAAUACACUCAACAGGGUCAAUCUCACUGAGCUCAAAGUCUUCCCUAACCCCCCAAAUGCUGUUACCAAUGUGACUGCAGCUGUGAUGGUGCUUCUGGCUCCCAGAGGCAGAGUGCCGAAAGACCGGAGUUGGAAAGCAGCUAAAAUCUUCAUGGGAAAGGUUGAUGAUUUUUUGCAAGCAUUAAUUAACUAUGACAAAGAACACAUUCCAGAGAACUGUCUAAAAGUGGUGAAUGAACAGUACUUGAAAGACCCAGAGUUUAAUCCGAACCUGAUUCGAACAAAAUCUUUUGCAGCAGCUGGUCUCUGUGCCUGGGUCAUCAACAUCAUUAAAUUUUAUGAGGUCUACUGUGAUGUGGAACCAAAACGGCAAGCAUUAGCCCAAGCAAACCUAGACUUGGCUGCAGCUACAGAAAAAUUAGAGGCAAUUAGGAAAAAGCUUGAAGAUCUGGACCGAAAUCUAAACAGACUGACAACUUCCUUUGAAAAAGCAAUAGCCAAGAAAGCUCAGUGUCAAGAAGAAGUAAAUCAGACUAACACCACUAUUGAACUAGCUAAUAGACUUGUCAAGGAACUUGAGUCAGAGAAGAUUCGCUGGGGUCAGUCUAUUAAAUCCUUUGAAGCUCAAGAGAAGACACUCUGUGGGGACAUUCUCCUCACAGCAGCGUUCGUGUCCUACAUUGGAUCUUUUACAAAACAGUAUCGGCAGGAACUGAUUGACUGCAAUUGGGUUCCCUUUCUUCAACAUAAGGUUUCAAUUCCAAUAACGGAGGGCCUGGACUUGAUUGCUAUGCUGACAGAUGACGCAACAAUUGCCACUUGGAAUAACGAAGGUCUGCCCAGUGACAGAAUGUCAACUGAAAAUGCUGCUAUCCUAACUCACUGUGAGCGCUGGCCUCUGAUGAUAGAUCCCCAACAGCAGGGAAUUAAGUGGAUCAAGACUAAAUAUGGGACAGACCUAAAAGUCACACAUUUGGGCCAGAAAGGGUUUUUGAACAUCAUCGAAACUGCUGUGACCUUUGGUGAUGCCAUUUUAAUUGAAAAUCUUGAGGAAGUAAUAGAUCCAGUCCUUGACCCACUACUAGGCAGGAACACGAUUAAAAAAGGGAGGUAUAUCAAGAUUGGAGAUAAAGAAUGUGAGUUUAAUAAGAACUUUCGCCUUAUCCUUCACACAAAGCUGGCAAAUCCUCACUAUAAGCCAGAAUUGCAAGCUCAGACAACUCUCCUCAAUUUCACAGUCACAGAAGAUGGUCUAGAAUCCCAGCUGCUGGCAGAGGUUGUCAGUGUUGAAAGACCAGAUUUGGAGAAACUGAAGCUGGCAUUAACAAAACACCAAAAUGACUUUAAGAUCCAGCUGAAAUAUCUGGAAGAUGACCUCCUUCUGCGCCUCUCUGCAGCAGAAGGGAGCUUUCUAGAUGACACCAAGCUGGUAGAGAGACUGGAGACCACAAAGGCAACAGCGGCAGAGAUCGAGUGCAAGGUGAUUGAGGCUCAAGAAAAUGAACAGAAAAUCAAUGAGGCUCGAGAAUGUUACAGACCUGUGGCAGCAAGAGCAUCUCUUCUUUAUUUUGUCAUCAGUGACCUCAGAAAGAUCAACCCCAUCUAUCAAUUCUCUUUGAAGGCUUUCAACAUGCUCUUCCACAGAGCAAUUGAGCAGGCUGACAAGGUGGAGGACAUACAGGAGCGUACCUCAGUGCUGAUGGAGAGCAUCACCCACUCCAUCUUCCUCUACACCAGUCAGGCACUGUUUGAGAAGGACAAGCUCACCUUCCUAUCCCAGAUGACUUUUCAGAUCUUGCUGAAGAAGAAGGAGAUAGACCCUCUUGAACUGGAUUUCCUGCUUCGAUUCCCAGUUGAACACACUUACCAGAGUCCUGUGGACUUUCUAACCUCUCAGUCAUGGAGUGCAAUUAAGGCUGUAAGCCUUAUGGAAGAAUUUCGAGGCAUAGACCGAGAUGUGGAAGGGUCUGCCAAGCAGUGGAGGAAGUGGGUAGAAUCUGAGUGUCCAGAAAAAGAAAAGUUACCGCAAGAAUGGAAGAAGAAGAGUUUAAUACAGAAGCUGAUUAUUUUAAGAGCAAUGCGCCCGGACAGAAUAACACAUGCUCUCAGGAAUUUUGUAGAGGAAAAAUUGGGUGCUAAGUAUGUGGAGAGGACCAGAUUAGAUUUAAGUAAAGCAUUUGAGGACAGCAGCCCAGCUACCCCAGUGUUUUUCAUCCUGUCCCCUGGAGUAGAUGCCCUGAAAGAUCUGGAGAUCCUUGGCAAAAGACUCGGGUUUACAAUCGACUCUGGAAAAUUCCACAAUGUGUCUUUAGGACAAGGUCAGGAGCCAGUGGCAGAAAUGGUCCUGGAGAAAGCUUCCAAAGAAGGACACUGGGUCAUACUCCAAAAUGUCCAUUUGGUAGUCAAGUGGCUAGGAACAUUGGAGAAACUCCUUGAGAGGCACAGCCAAGGAAGUCACGGAGAUUAUAGAGUUUUCAUGAGUGCUGAAUCUGCAGCUACUCCAAAUGAGCAUAUCAUCCCUCAAGGACUCCUGGAAAAUUCCAUUAAGAUCACUAAUGAGCCCCCCACAGGAAUGCUGGCCAAUUUGCAUGCUGCACUCUACAAUUUUGAUCAGGAUACACUUGAAGCUUGCACCAAGGAGCAGGAAUUUAAGAGCAUCCUCUUUUCACUGUGCUACUUCCAUGCUUGUGUUGCGGGGAGACUGAAGUUUGGCCCCCAGGGCUGGAACCGUAGCUAUCCCUUCAAUCCUGGAGACCUCACUAUUUGUGCCAGUGUCCUCUACAACUACUUAGAAGCCAACUCUAAUGUCCCAUGGGAAGACCUCCGUUACCUGUUUGGUGAGAUCAUGUAUGGAGGCCAUAUCACAGAUGACUGGGAUCGCAAACUAUGUCGGGUGUAUUUAGAAGAAUUUAUGAACCCAUCUCUGAUUGAAGAUGAACUUAUGCUGGCUCCAGGAUUCCUGGCUCCACCUAAUCUCGACUAUCCAGGUUACCACCAAUACAUAGAGGAGAAGCUUCCUCCAGAAAGUCCAACAUUGUAUGGCCUCCACCUAAAUGCUGAAAUAGAAUUUCUGACAGUGAUGUCCAACACACUCUUCAAAACUCUGCUGGAGAUGCAACCCAGGAAUGCACUGAGCAGCGAAGAGCUGGGCCAAUCCACAGAAGAAAAGGUUAAGAAUAUCUUAGAUGACAUUUUGGAGAAACUUCCAGAAGAAUUCAACAUGGCAGAGAUAAUGCAGAAAAAUUCAAAUAGAAGCCCCUAUGUUCUUGUUUGCUUCCAAGAAUGUGAGAGGAUGAAUAUUCUCCUUCGUGAGAUCCAGGUGUCAUUUCAACAACUAGACCUUGGUUUGAAGGGGGAGCUCACCUUUUCUCCUGACAUGGAAGCCCUGCAGUCCUCACUGAGUUACGACUGUGUACCAGACACUUGGAGCAAACUGGCGUACCCAUCUACAUACAGCCUGGCCCAGUGGUUUAACGACCUCCUCCUGAGAUGCCGAGAACUGGAUACUUGGACACAAGAUCUCACCCUUCCAUCAGUAGUGUGGCUUUCUGGCUUCUUCAACCCUCAGUCUUUUUUAACUGCAAUCAUGCAGACCAUGGCUCGAAAAAAUGAGUGGCCACUGGAUAACAUGUGCUUGACUGUUGAUGUUACCAAAAAAACAAAGGAAGACUAUGGCCACCCUCCAAGGGAAGGUGCUUAUCUCCAUGGAUUCCUUAUAGAAGGUGCCAGAUGGGACAUCCAGUCGGGAACCAUUGUUGAAGCCCGCCUCAAGGAGCUGACAUCCAUGAUGCCUGUCAUUUAUGCCAAAGCCAUCCCCAUGGACAGACUGGAAACCAAGCACACCUAUGAGUGCCCUGUAUACAGAACCAAAAUGAGGGGUUCCAACUACAUCUGGACCUUCAGGUUGAAGAGCAAAGACAAGACAGCCAAGUGGGUUCUGGCAGGUGUGGCUCUGCUACUGGAAGCCUAAAAUGGGACUCGGACUCCUCCAGCCUUAGCCGGAACAUGUGAGGGUUUUUCAUUGUUCUAAAGCACCUUAACUUAUUCUACUUUGAGGCACAAAACAUUCCAGCUUGUGUAACUUACAUGUGCAUUAAUUCUUUCCAGCUUGUGUAACUUACAUGUUAACUUGUAACUUACUUGUUAACUUACUUGUGUAACUUACAUGUGCAUUAAUUCUUUCCAGACACCUGUCCUCAGAAAGUGAAAGGGGUAAGACACAGAAGUACAUGCAGAGAAAAUAGCCACCUAUUCAUUUUUUUAAAGUUUCUCCUAGUGUCCCCCAUCCCACCACACAAAGUAGUACAGUAUUUCUCACAAAGGAAUUUCCUAGUAAGAUUUUAGCUAUAUAUAUAUAUAUUAAUAAGCCCUUACAUUCCUUUAAUCAAAACAGCAGAGGAGAAUCCUGAAGCUCUGUGUGGUCCUCAGUGUCAAUAAUAUCCACUUCUUGCUCAUUCAUGUUUAAAUAAAAACACUAGCAGUCAUUCUCAA